AUGGCUUCCAUUGUACCACACAACCAGCCCGAGGAGGCCAUUGACGAUACCGAGUUCGUCGACAACCAUCAUGCUCCUCAUCACCGGGAUUCGGUUCACCACCGUCUGCGGGCCAACUCGGCCAUUAUGCAGUUCCAGAAGAUCCUCGUCGCCAACCGUGGUGAGAUUCCUAUUCGUAUCUUUCGAACAGCCCACGAGCUGUCACUUCAGACCGUUGCCAUCUUCUCACAUGAGGACCGACUUUCCAUGCACCGUCAGAAGGCUGAUGAGGCCUACAUGAUUGGAAAGCGUGGCCAAUAUACCCCUGUUGGUGCUUACCUCGCCAUCGACGAGAUUGUCAAGAUCGCCCUGGAACACGGGGUACACCUGAUCCACCCUGGCUAUGGUUUCCUGUCAGAGAACGCCGAGUUUGCUCGGAAGGUCGAGCAAGCGGGCAUGGUCUUUGUCGGUCCCACUCCCGAGACCAUUGAGGGACUGGGUGACAAGGUCUCUGCCCGCCGACUUGCCAUCAAGGCCAAUGUUCCCGUGGUUCCCGGUACCGAGGGCCCCGUCGAGCGUUACGAAGAAGUCAAGGCCUUCACUGACACCUACGGCUUCCCCAUCAUUAUCAAGGCUGCCUUUGGUGGUGGUGGUCGUGGUAUGCGUGUUGUCCGCAACCAGGCUGAUCUGCGUGACUCUUUCGAGCGUGCUACUUCGGAAGCUCGCUCAGCCUUUGGCAACGGCACAGUCUUCGUCGAGCGUUUCCUUGACAAGCCCAAGCACAUUGAGGUCCAGCUGUUGGGUGACAACCACGGCAACGUCGUCCACCUUUUCGAGCGUGACUGCUCUGUCCAGCGUCGUCACCAGAAGGUCGUUGAAAUCGCCCCCGCAAAAGAUCUCCCCCAGAACGUCCGUGACAGCAUUCUUGCGGAUGCCGUCAAGCUGGCCAAAUCUGUCAACUACCGCAACGCCGGUACCGCCGAGUUCUUGGUCGACCAGCAGAACCGCUACUACUUUAUUGAGAUCAACCCCCGUAUCCAGGUCGAGCACACCAUUACCGAAGAAAUCACCGGCAUUGAUAUCGUCGCUGCCCAGAUCCAGAUCGCCGCUGGUGCUACUCUUGAGCAGCUCGGCCUGACCCAGGACCGCAUCUCCACCCGCGGUUUUGCUAUCCAGUGCCGCAUCACUACCGAAGACCCGUCCAAGGGCUUCUCCCCCGACACCGGUAAGAUCGAAGUGUACCGUUCUGCUGGUGGUAACGGUGUCCGUCUUGACGGUGGUAACGGCUUUGCUGGUGCCAUCAUCACUCCCCACUACGACUCCAUGCUGGUCAAGUGUACUUGCCGUGGUUCAACUUACGAGAUUGCGCGCCGCAAGGUCGUGCGUGCCCUGGUCGAGUUCCGCAUUCGCGGAGUCAAGACCAACAUUCCUUUCUUGACCUCCUUGCUCAGCCACCCUACCUUCAUUGACGGCACUUGCUGGACCACUUUCAUUGAUGAUACCCCUGAACUGUUUGCCUUGGUUGGCAGUCAGAACCGUGCUCAGAAGCUGCUUGCUUACCUGGGUGAUGUCGCUGUCAACGGCAGCAGCAUCAAGGGUCAGAUCGGUGAGCCUAAGCUCAAGACUGAUAUCAUUAAGCCCACUCUCCAUGAUGCCGCUGGCAAGCCCAUCGACGUCUCAUCCCCCGCUACCAAGGGCUGGAAGCAGAUCCUUGACCAGCAGGGUCCUGAGGCUUGGGCCAAGGCGGUCCGUGCCAACAAGGGUUGCUUGAUCAUGGACACCACCUGGCGUGAUGCCCACCAGUCUUUGCUCGCUACCCGUGUCCGUACCAUCGACCUGCUGAACAUCGCCCACGAGACCAGCCAUGCUCUCUCCAAUGCUUACAGUCUGGAGUGCUGGGGUGGCGCCACUUUCGACGUCGCCAUGCGUUUCCUCUACGAGGACCCCUGGGACCGUCUGCGUAAGCUGCGCAAGGCUGUUCCCAACAUCCCCUUCCAGAUGCUGCUCCGUGGUGCCAACGGCGUGGCCUAUUCCUCUCUCCCUGACAACGCCAUCUACCACUUCUGUAAGCAGGCCAAGAGGUGCGGUGUCGACAUCUUCCGUAUCUUCGAUGCCCUUAACGACAUCGACCAGCUUGAGGUAGGUAUCAAGGCUGUUCACGCCGCUGGCGGUGUUGUCGAAGCCACCGUCUGUUACAGCGGUGACAUGUUGAACCCGUCCAAGAAGUACAACCUCGAAUACUACCUCAACCUGGUUGACAAGAUCGUCGCCCUCAAGCCCCACGUCCUCGGUAUCAAGGACAUGGCUGGUGUGCUGAAGCCCCAGGCUGCUCGCCUUCUUAUCGGUGGUAUCCGCGAGCGCUACCCCGACCUCCCCAUUCAUGUCCACACCCACGACUCUGCCGGUACUGGUGUGGCUUCCAUGAUUGCCUGUGCUCAGGCUGGUGCCGAUGCCGUCGAUGCAGCCACUGACAGUUUGUCCGGCAUGACCUCUCAGCCCAGCAUUGGUGCCAUCCUUGCCUCUCUUGAGGGUACUGAGCAGGACCCUGGUCUUGAUAGUGCUCAAGUCCGGGCUCUCGACACCUACUGGGCUCAGCUGCGCCUGCUCUACUCGCCCUUCGAGGCGGGUCUCACCGGUCCUGAUCCCGAAGUUUACGAGCACGAAAUUCCUGGUGGUCAACUGACCAACCUCAUCUUCCAGGCUAGUCAGCUCGGCUUGGGCCAGCAGUGGGCCGAGACCAAGAAGGCUUACGAGGUUGCUAACGACCUGCUUGGCGAUAUCGUCAAAGUCACUCCCACCUCUAAGGUCGUUGGCGAUCUGGCUCAAUUCAUUGUGUCCAACAAGCUGACCCCUGAGGAUGUCAUUAAUCGCGCGGGCGAGCUGGACUUCCCUGGUUCCGUUCUUGAGUUCCUCGAAGGUCUUAUGGGCCAGCCUUACGGUGGAUUCCCUGAGCCUCUGCGCUCCAAGGCUCUCCGUGAGCGCCGCAAGCUCGACAAGCGCCCCGGUCUCUUCCUUGAGCCGCUUGACCUAGUGAAGAUCAAGAACGACAUCCGUGAGAAGUUCGGCGCUGUCACCGAAUAUGACAUAGCCAGUUACGCCAUGUACCCCAAGGUCUUCGAGGACUACAAGAAGUUCGUCCAGAAGUACGGUGACCUGUCCGUCCUUCCAACUCGCUUCUUCCUGGCCAAGCCAGAGAUUGGCGAGGAGUUCCACGUCGAGCUUGAGAAGGGUAAGGUCCUUAUCCUCAAGUUGCUCGCCAUCGGUCCUCUUUCCGACCAGACUGGCCAGCGUGAGGUCUUCUACGAGGUCAAUGGAGAGGUCCGCCAGGUCUCCGUCGAUGACAAGAAGGCGUCCGUCGAGAACAUUGCCCGCCCCAAGGCUGAUUCCAGCGACAGCAGCCAAGUUGGUGCUCCUAUGAGCGGUGUUGUUGUUGAGAUCCGUGUCCACGAGGGCUCCGAGGUCAAGAAGGGUGACCCCAUUGCUGUUCUCAGCGCCAUGAAGAUGGAAAUGGUCAUCUCCGCCCCGCACAGCGGAAAGGUGUCUGGAUUGGGUGUCAAGGAGGGCGACUCUGUUGAUGGGCAGGAUCUCAUCUGCAAGAUUACCAAGGCUUGA